UGCCAAAAAAUCUUGUAGUGUUCAGCAUGAUAAUUAUGACGGAAGAGAUCAACGACAUUCUUUAGCGGAAGAUCUUUUGCCUCCUAGGCCUAUGAUGAUUGAUCCACCACCUAUCCCGCAACCUUUGCCUUCAAGAACUCCUCGUUUUACUUCUGUUGGUACCAACACGCAUGGUGAUUCUAACAAUAAUAAUAGAACAGCUAAUAAUAAUAAUGGACGACACAACCACAACAACAACCACCACCAAAUGCUUGCAAAUCUUCGCCAUACUCAUGCUACACAAUUUCGUCAUCUUUUUGCUUUAUUUGCACGUGAUCGUAUACGUCGUCAUCAUGAAGCUAUAGCUCAUCAUCGUGCUGCUGGAAGAAAUUUACGUAUAAUUAACAUUGGUAAUGAUAGUGAUUCUGAUAAUAAUGAUGAUGAAAAUGAAAACGAGGAACCAAAUUGA